UGUGUCAAAGGUUACCUUGUUAUGUAGCCAUCUAACCGGAGAGGGGUGUGUUAUCUGUUAAUUUUUGUUACAAUAUGAACUCUUUCAACCUAAUAUAACACUCGAUAAUACACUUGACGUGCACCGGGCUCUUGUCGCUUAUUUAGUUUAUCGUUAUGUCGAUUUUUGCCUGAUAUCUGAGCGGUGACAACCUGGGCAUGCUAAUGUUAGCCGAGUAGCUACCUAGCUAGUCAGCCAGCUAACUUAGUGACAAAUAUUCUUCUAGAUGUCAUGUUGCUUGAAGAGCUGACCUUGUAGGCACAGCCAGCUGAAGGACGACUUAAAUGGGUUCUGUCAGAGCCAUGGUAUCAACCAGGCUCCUGUGUUUGCUCAGCGCUAAAGUCGCAGGCUCGAGCAAAACAUUAGCCAGGGCAGGGUGCAGUGUGUGCUUCAAGAGACAUGUCAGCAGUUCACCUUCAAGGCUGCAGAGCUGCAUGUCAGCCUGGGUCAUUGAUCAGUAUGGCACUAAUGGGGUUUUGAGGUACACAGAAGACAUUACUAUACCCACCGUCAGUUCCCCCAGUGAGGUGAUGAUUAAAGUCCAUGCGGCUAGUCUCAACCCUCUUGAUAUAUCUAUGAGGGGUGGUUAUGGAGCUAAAUUGCUUAAAUUAAGAAGGGAUCCAAUGUCUGUGAUGGACAGUGAUAGUGAGUUUCCUCUGAUUCUGGGUCGUGAUGUGUCUGGUGUAGUGGUGGACUGUGGAUCUGAGGUCACCCACUUUGCUCCAGGAGAUGAGGUGUGGGCUGCUGUUCCUCCAUGGAAACAAGGAUGUCUGGCAGAAUUUGUGACUCUAACAGAGUAUGAGGUUUCUCAUAAGCCAGAAUUACUGAGUCACACAGAGGCAGCAUCCAUACCUUAUGUAGCCAGCACUGCUCUGUCUGCACUUGUCAAUGCAGGUGGUCUUUGCAGAGACAGCUCUUCAGAUAAAAGAGUUUUGAUCACUGGAGGAUCGGGAGGUGUUGGAACGUUCUCCAUUCAGUUACUGAAGGCCUGGGGCGCCCAUGUAACAGUUACCUGCUCCCAGAACGCAGAGGGCCUUGUUCGAGGGCUGGGGGCAGAUGAGGUGGUGGACUAUACAACGGGGGAUGUGGCUGAACAACUAGAAAUGAUGGAGAAAUUUGACUUGAUUUUGGACAACGUCGGUGGCGAUACGGAGCAGUGGGCGAUAGGCUUGCUGAAGCCCUGGUCUGGGGCAAAGUACAUCACACUGGUAACACCGUUGCUCCUCAGCACUGAUUCCAUGGGCUUGCUGGAUGGGACGAUUCAUGCUGGAUUCACACUGCACACCAAGGCCAUACAGAACAUAAUAUCAAGCGGAGUCUUCUACCGGUGGGGAUUUUAUGCUCCAGAUGGGCCCGCCCUGGAUGAGGUCAAAAAGCUGGUGGAUGCGGGGAAGAUCCUGCCGGUCGUGGAGGCCCAGUUUCCUUUUACCCAGGUGCCCCAGGCUUUUCAGAAGUUGGAGCAAGGCCAUGCCAGAGGGAAGACAGUAGUCAGAGUGGCUGAAAAAGACGACACACAGGCAGAGGAGUUGGCGCAGAAUAUCUGCACAGACACUGCGGAGUCAGAGCUAGGAGUGCAAGGUACAGCCAAGCAAAACUGAAGAGAGGAAGCAGAGUGUCAGGAGAAUAAAGCAUCUGUAAUUCUUCUCACUUUUACAAGGCAAUUCUUGACAGCAGCAGGAUGUAUUAUCCAAACAAAUCAGAGGUGCUGUUGCUGUGCAGCAGACUACAAGUGUGAUCUGAGCUUGUAAUGGGACCGUGCCAAAGGCUGUUGUUCUUGUUAAACCUUACAACCUACUGUACUGGCUUGAAGUUUUCACAAGGUGCUCGAGUUAUGCUGCAGUCAUGUCAUGGUGAAGUUCCUGGAAUUACCAACUGCAGGACUAAUAAAUACCAUCCAGGUCAGGAUCCAGCUGGUGAUUAGCCAGGCUUUUGGUAGCUUUGUGGUUGCAGAAAUCUGUCCAACAAGGAGCUCCAUAAUAAAACAAAAGGUCUGUUACAUACUAUACAAUGAGCUUUAAAUGUUUGUCAAUAGAUGUGUUUAUGUCUAGUACCAGGUGAAGCAGAGGAAACACGAUACAACAGGUAACCAUUUGCAUUCUUUUGCAUUUGCACAGUCACCACGUUGAGUUGUUUGACAACUCCCGUGAGCGCUUGCAUGUCCGUUUCCCAUCAUCGCCUCAUAUCUCACAUUGUGUCGAGGCAUCAUACAGUAGAGUAAUCUGAGCGGGAAACAUUGGUUCAACCUUUGGGGAACAACAAAUAAUGAAACUCUAAAACUGAAACAUUUAGCUUCUAUACUUAUAUACACCAAGGGCAGGUCAUUCUACUGUACAAUGUAUCUGAGAAAUUUAUUGACAAAAAUACUUUUAUUUUGAAAACAGACUUGUGUGUAUAGUUCUGAUUAAACAAAGAUAAAAGACA